AUGUUUCCCUCGAUUGUCGUAAAGCAAGUAAAUAAGUCAGCGAAGACCUCCUUAAACUACUUACUAUCUGCGCUACCGACUUCCAGCUCGAAACCAUCUACCGAAUAUGUCCCCAAGCAUCUCGCGACACCUUCAGGUGAAUCUAAACUGGUGCCCUCAGCAGACCCAGCAUCAUUAAUUAUUACACCCAACACAUUGAACAAGCUAUUCCAUGACGAGAACUGGGGCACUUUCAAGGGCGGUCAGAUCUCCAGAUCGCAGCAAUUUUUCAACAAUUCCCAGAUCAAACUCGACUGGACUCUCGAUAAUAUCCUGGAUAUACCAGACAUUAAAUACGAAAGACUAAAGAAAGACAGAGAUGAACAAUUUGCAAAGAUGGAUCCGUACAACAAAACGUCCACGUACUAUCAAACAGCAUCUAAAUCGAAAAAGACUUUCGGAAUACCACCGGAUUUGCUCAAACCACUCCCUGAGGUUCUCUUGCUAGGCAACACCAAUGUAGGUAAAUCCACCAUUGUGAAUACGUUGUUGUUGGAUAAAGCAGAAUCGCAAACUGCUGGAGCUCUGACUGAAUACGCAUAUGUUUCCCGUAGAGCUGGGUACACAAAGACGUUGAAUUGCUUCAAUAUCAAUAAUAAGAUCAGGAUCGUAGACUCUCCAGGGUAUGGGCAGUUUGGUGAGCGGAUCCAGGGUCAAGCAGUGAUGGAUUACAUAGAGCAUCGGAAGUUGUUGCGGAAUGUUUUUGUAUUGAUUGACGGUCUCAAUGGAGUUAGUGAAUUGGAUGCUCAAAUGAUUGGGUUUUUGAUGAACCAAGGUGUUUCCUUUGAUAUCAUAUUCACUAAAGUCGACCAGGUCAUUAAGGCCAAGCUCCCUAAGGGAUUACUGACGUUUACUAGGGGAGAUAUAGCAAAGUUUAGCGUUCAAGACCGCAAGGACAAUGCCCUGAAGAUAGAGGAAGCAAAUGAGAAGGUCAUCAAGCAUUUCAGUGAGGUAAUCAAUGAUGCGGGGUUGAAAGAGGUUCCGACGUUGCCCAGGUUCUACUUCAACAAUGGAGUUCCUACACCAUUCCUUCCAAAGAGAUACGGGUAUAAGGAGAUCCGAUGUGCCAUAUUGCAAAGCUGUGGAUUGAUCUAG